AUGGAGAAUUCCGAUUAUUCUUGUUCUGGUGUUGACAGCAACAGUUCACUUUACGGUUCUUGUUCUCUCGACGAAAAUGAGUUUGAUUUGCAGGAGCUGGGUAAAGAUUGGAUUCCCGAUUGUCCUCAAGGUGUCAAACCAUUGCUAGAUCAAAUUUUCAAAAAUAUUGAGGAAGGCUUUGAUUUUUACAAAGAAUAUGGAAGAUUAUCUGGUUUUGAUGUUCGACGUUCAUCUGAGAAGUCUGAUAAAUAUGGUAGGACUAUCAGAAAAUAUUUUGUUUGCUCUAGGUCAGGAAGACCUGAUAGUAAAAAUGAAGAAACAGAAAACCAAAGACGAAUAAGAACGGUAUCAGCAAAGUGUGAAUGUCCAGCUGAACUUGUUCUCGGUUUGCAUAACUCUGGUGGAUUUUAUGUAAAGAAGUUCACGGAGUAUCAUAAUCAUCCUUUUGCAGGAAGAGGAGGAAUGCAGUUUCUCAGAUGUAGUAGAUCUUUGACAGAGUUUCACAAAAGGUUUAUAGUUGAUGCUGCAAAAUCUAACAUUGGUGCAUCACGAGCGCACGCUAUACUUAAAUCUAUGAUUGGUUCGUAUGAGGAUAUUGGAGCAACAGUCGUUGAUUUCAAAAAUUUCUCAAGAGACAUUAAACAAUAUAUAGGGAAGCAUGAUGCAGACAUGAUAAUCCAAAAAUUCAAGGAUAUCCAGGAAUCCUCAGACACUGGAUUCAAAUUUGAGUAUAGGACAGACUCAGAGAAUCAUCUCACACAAUUAUUUUGGGCAGAUGGUGAAGGACGGAAGAAUUAUGAGGUAUUUGGUGAUGUUGUAUCAUUUGAUGCAACAUAUCGAACAAACAGAUAUGGAAUGGUGUUUAUUCCUCUCAUAGGAAUUGAUAAUCAUUGGAAAAGCGUGACUUUUGGAGCCAUGUUACUUGAGCAUGAAGAUAAUGAAAACUAUAUAUGGGGAUGUGAAGCAUUCAAAAGGGUUUUCGGUAGUAGUCCUAAAUGUAUAAUAAUGGAUCAAGACCUUGCUAUGAAAACCGCACUUAAGUUUAGUUUCCCUCUUGUUAAGCAUCGCCUUUGUAUGUGGCACAUCAUGAAGAAGUUCCCAGCAAAGUUGGGAACAGUUUUCUGUGCUGAGUCUGGUUUUAUGGAUAGAAUCAACAAAUUUAUUUGGACAGAGCACCUGACACCAGAAGAGUUUGAGCAAGGUCUUCUGCGAACAACAUCGAGAUCAGAGAGUUCUAAUUUCUAUUUUGGACACUAUGUUCAAAAGGGUGACACACUAUCUGAGUUUUAUUUAUGUUACCAAAGUGCGAUUGAAAAGCAGAGGAACGGCUUCAGGAAGAAUACGCAUUACGAUGACUAUACCCCCAACAUAGUCACUGGGAAAAAAAUUCUUAAAGAUGCUGUAAGUUUAUAUACUAGAACCAUGUUUUAUAAAGUACAAGAGCAGAUAAAAGCUGGGGGUGAAGAUAUUGUUGUUGAAUAUAUGAGUACUUUGAAUAAAACAAGAGUUACCACUAUACAAGAUCCAUUCAACAAAGCAAAAUCUUUCGAGGUUUCCGUUGAUUUGGACACACACACUGUAGAGUGUUCUUGUAAGCUUUUCACAAGGGUAGGAUAUUUGUGUUCUCAUGCAUUUUUCUGUCUCGGUAUAUGUGGUAUCAAAUCUAUACCAAGACAAUAUGUGUCCAAUAGAUGGUUGAAGAACGCAGUUGAACGCUUUAGUACACUAGAACUUGGAGAAAUAUGUGAAGCUGGUUCAAAAACUAAUUCAAAGCGUGUUAAAACACAAGACUGUUGGUUUGAAUUCCAAGGUUGUCUAAGUGAUGCUUCUGGUAAUCCUGAUAUUCUAGAUUAUAUUAAGAGAGAAAUCUGCAGUAUUAGGGAACAUAUCAAUAGCACGUUGAAGAAAUCAAAGACAAGACUGAAUUCAGAACAAAUAGAAGAAAUCAUUGAUUCGUCUGCUGUUGAAGACAUCACAAUACAGAAUCCAAAUAAGAGCACCAAUAAGGGUAGUCGUAAGAGGAUUUUAUCUGGUGCAGAAAAAUCUAUUGCUUGUACAAAGAAAUCAUUGAGGAAAUGCGCUUGUUGCAAGGAGUUUGCAUAUCAUGACUCGAGAACUUGCCCUGAAAAGAGGCAAGAAUGA